GCAGUGAGAAAGCCGACGAUCGAGAGAAUUCUUGCAUAGAGUGAAGGCAUGCAUACCAACGGACCGGUGUGUAGACCGGCCGGUAAGAAGAUGUGUGCAGUCUCCCGUGGCUUUUGGCGACAUACGGGGUGACCAUCGAACGACAGCGAAUCACAAUCACACGCAGUAGAAGCAACAGCAGCAGAAGCAGGGUUUAUGAUCUGUGGUGUUGUCGUUUCUCUGAACGUGAGUGUUUUAUGUGUUUUUCGACGAUGCCAGCCGGUGGCGUUCCGCAACAGUGGAGGAGGAGGAAGCCCGAAAGGAGAAUCAGAUCCAUCCAAUUGACGAUGCUCGGUACGCGUACCACAAACAACUGCACCAAUCUCUUCACACCAACGCACUGUCUGUCUCCUUGGUGUAUCAAUCAAACAAUAUUCGGAACAACACUAUCCAGAAGACCCCAGGACACGAAACAGCAGAGCAUGCCGGUCGUGUCAACCGUACCCUCAGCAGCGAUGGCCGGUCUAAACUAGAAAGAGCAUUAUGUGCAGCAGCAGUAGCAGCAACAGAAGCAGCAAUGAACACCUAAUUCCAACGAUCUGGAUUGGCAUAACUGCGCAUGAAUGUAUGUGUGCUUCUUCUGCUGGUGUUGUUGCUGCUACUGAUACAAGGUUGAUAUUCGCGACGAUGCUAGCGAUGCACCGCACGGCGAGACAACAUAUCCGCUUCCAUCAACACAUCACACAUCCAUCAAACAUAUAUAGAGCACCGACCUACAACAAAAGGAAGUGCACGGUGUUUUGCGUUUUGCAUUGCUUUUCGUCACCCCGUUGGCAUGCCACUGGCCUCCUGCCUUGGAAAUCUUCUUGCUCGUUGCCACUGCACAUGUUUGCUUCGACGGUUUGGCGCCGCUAAUCGCACCACAUUCAUCGUACACACGGCUCAAACCGGCUCGGAUGUUUAAGGCCGCUUGCAAAUCCCUCCCACGGUAGUAGGUGUUCGACUGGACACCAAUGGCAGUACCGUCCCCUGCCGCUGAUGCUGCCCAAACCGCACACGGAGUACGGACGGAUCCGGGGACGGCUACCAGCAGCGUGCACAAGUAUUUGCGCGGGCUGGGCCACGAUCAGCUUAACCGAUCACUGCAGCUGUAUCGCUACGAACGACGCUCACCACUCGGAGAGGCGAAAAAGGAAAAGGAAAAGAAGAAGGAAUUAGAGGGAUGAAUAGGAAGGGUGGUGUUCAGGAUGCCGCGACUGCCUUAGACUACUAAGGGUUAUAUAUUUGAGGCAGCUCCUUUCAUGCCGCAACCACGGCAAAGCUGCCUCUCCAGUCGCUUUUCGACACUUCAUGUCUGCACAGAUCGACAUGCCCGGAGGGCCAGCGAGGGUGCCUUGUGAACGAAAAGCGAAGAUCAAAGUGAGUGCGCAAUGACAGUCUGAGAUGGUGGACUCAGGUUUGACGACGGUAGCAGGUAGGUAUAAUCUGCUCAUCUAGUUUUUAAACAUAAGAACUUAGAAGAAUUGAAGCGUGGUGUGUUGUGGGUAGUGGGAUCAGCAAACCAGAAGUGGCUUCAUAGGCAAUUGUGUAAUUUAGUGCUAGCAACCGAAGUGAAGUGCGUACAUGCAAGUCGAAGGUUAUAGGCCAGCACUACGUACUAGUUGAAGGGGGCGGAGUGUUCGACAUGUCCCAACGCAAGAAAGUGCUCGGUGCUGUAAUUGGCAUAAUAGCUGGUUUGUUCGUGGGCGCCUUGCUGCGCAACUAUCACACACUGGAGAUCGUGAGCAUGUGUAACUCGAUCAACGGCAUAAAACAGAAUUCCGCGCUAGAUAUUAUCGGGCUGCAAUCAACGGAGUGGCCAACAAACUCGCAGAACACGCUCGUUUUAGUCGGAGUGAUGACGGCGAAGGAUUUCCUGCAAGGGCGAGCCCGUGCCGUAUAUGAAACCUGGGGUCGGCAGAUCCCUGGCCGGAUUGUUUUUUUCAGCUCGCAGGAUUCAGUCGCCACCGAUUUGCCGCUAGUUGCACUCAAGGGCGUCGACGAUCGCUACCCACCGCAGAAGAAAAGCUUCAUGAUGCUGCAUUACAUGUACGAGCACUACAUCGACCGGUUUGAAUGGUUCGUGCGGGCCGACGACGAUGUUUACGUGCGGACGGAUCGGCUUGAGCCGUUUCUGCGCUCGAUCGAUAGCUCGAAGCCGCAGUUUAUCGGACAGGCAGGACGCGGUAAUACUGAGGACUUUGGGCUGUUGUCUCUAGAGUUCGAUGAGAACUUUUGUAUGGGUGGGCCGGGUGUGAUCAUGAGCCGUGAAACGCUGCGGCGCGUUGCACCGCAUAUCCCGUCCUGUCUGAAGAAUCUCUACAGUACGCAUGAGGACGUUGAGGUUGGACGAUGCGUCCAGAAGUUUGCCGGAAUACCAUGCACCUGGAACUACGAGAUGCAAUCCAUACUGCACCAUAACUCUAGCGGUUAUCGGGCGUUUUCGGGCACUCUCAAGAGCAAAGAGGUGCAUAACGCGAUCACGCUCCAUCCGAUUAAACAACCAGCCUUCAUGUAUCGGUUGCACGCUUACAUGCUAGGUUUGAGUGCACAAGAGCUCCGGCAACAUUCGCUUCUACUGCACCGCGAUAUCGCGAUGGCGACAUCGCUGCUGCAGCUACCACAGAUUAACAAGAAUCUGGCACCGGGUGUUCCGAUUUUUCCCCAGGACGAAAACAACAUCGACUAUCUUGGUGAUCACAACGUGCUCGGUGCUACGCCAGACCUAAAUCGGCACCGACCGCGAACUCUCGACGAACUGAUUCAGUGGGAUUUUAUUGCCAAGAGUUUAUACUCGAGCCAGCACCCAAACCCGAAACGCCGCAUGGAGUCAUCUAUCAAGGAAGGCCUUAGCGACGUGAUCCGGGAGAUUAUGGAGCACAUCAAUAACUUCUCGCGACAGCGCGGCCGUAUGAUCGAGUUUCGGGAGCUGCUUUACGGUUAUAUGCGAGUCAACAGUAUGUAUGGGCAGGAUCUAAUACUUGAUCUUUUACUGGUGUACAAAAAAUAUCGCGGCAAGAAGAUGACGGUUCCGGUCCGGCGCCACCUCUACAUCCAGCGAUCAUUUACAGAAAUUCGGGUGCGUGAAAUCACGGCACAAAUCAUGCCUAGUCAAGCAUCUGUCAAUCAGGCAGAGCACGUAUCAUCCGUAGGCAUAACAAAACAACCCCGAGAUCCAGCGACUAGCUUUGAUCGCAUUUCGCAUCGCGUGAAGACCCUGUUUAAUGAGCUCGAGCGGCUAACAGACAGCAUAGGCAGUAAUCUGAAAGAAAAGGAGAACAAGGAUCGUGUUGUCUUCAUCUUGCCCUUGUCCGGGCGCUCGGAGACCUUUAAGCGCUUUUUGCGCAACUUCGAGGAGGUUGCGCUACGGCAGGAGGAUCAGCGUACGGAUCUACUUGUUGCCUUGUACGUCGAAGCUCCGGAAUCGUCGGAACUUAUCACGCAACUAUUAAAUUUGAGGGCGCGCUAUCCGGGUAGCCGCAUCAACUAUUUGCCUCUGACUGGCAACUUCUCUCGCGGUGUGGCACUUGAUCGGGCUAUACGGUCGUCCUAUUGCGCAUCAGAUGACAUUAUAUUUUUCAUCGAUGUUGAUAUGAUUUUCACUGUGCAGUCCAUCGAUCGCAUCCGCCUUAAUGUUAUUCGGGGCCGUCAAAUAUAUCUGCCAAUCGUCUUCAGCGAAUAUGAUCCGCAGAUGAUGGGUUGGCAGGCAGAAACUCAAAUAGUCAUGCAAGGUUCUAUGGGAGGUUAUACGUCCCUGAAAAACUUCGCCCUCCCGUUACUGCCUGAAAACUUCUCUCUGCCGUACAGGAUCACCGAUGAGAACGGAUACUUCCGGCAAUUCGGUUACGGGUUGGCGGGGAUGUACAAGGCUGAUCUGCAGCGCCCGGACUUGAAGGGUUUCAGCACCGACAUUACCGGCUGGGGUUUGGAGGAUGUCGUGUUUAUCGAGAAUGUGAUAGCACUGAAUCAUCGGGGAAAUCAGCGGCUGGUGGCUAUUGCCGAUGGACGCUGGGAUCCGCUUCGAAUGCGAACGAGUGGCGCUUCGCUUAAUCCGAAACCCUCCUCCUCGACUGUCACCGGGCCAUCAUCCACAGCGCACAUCCCCACGAUUCCGCCAGCCGUUAACGGUGUUGAAGAACUGAUCAUCUUCCGGGCGCCGGACCCGUCUUUGGUGCAUAUUUUCCAUCCCAUACAAUGUGAUACAAACCUAGAAGAAGCGCAAUACAAGAUGUGCCUUGGCACUAAGGCGAACACUCUAGGUAGCUUAAGAACGCUGGAUGUCCAGUUCAGUCACAGUCCGGCGUUGUUGAUAUUUGGGCGUUCACAGGGCCGGGCUAGCGCUUAACCUUCAUCCCAGUGCCAUUGAGCGCGAAGGUUUUUUUUUAUUUUUCGGGCUGCCAUCACCUUUCUUUACAUAUUUUUUUUUCCAAAGGUUCAUUACAAUUGCCCAAACUUACGAAUCAACACAGCCUGCUCUAAAUUGGAACAAGUCUGCCUGCCUGUUUAGACAGGUGCUCCUUGCUUUUUCAGCAUUAAAAUGAAAUUGGAUGAGAUGGGGUGAAAGCGAGGAGAGGAUGUUGCAUACAACAUUGAUGUAAAUAUGAAUUCAGUGAUCGCUCCAUGUUCAUAGAAACUCGUUGAACUGCCCUGAGUCGUAGAAAGUAGAAUGAUAGUUGAAUAACAAAUGUACGGAAAUUGAAGUUUAAGUGAAAUAAACAAUGUAUUUUUGUCAAUCGAUUAUGUAAUAUCGAACACUCACAAACUCAUUCAUUUGGUGGCAGGGUUGGUAAAAGACUGAAAUAGGCCCCCCCACUCACGGUGAGUUACUGAGUGACCGAAAAAUCACUGUUUUACUGGUAAAAUGUAGCUUUUCCACCC